UUUCACACGCCGGGCUUCAGUAGUUUGCGUACUAGGUCGGAGUAGUGAUGUGAAUUGUGAAUACAAGUCGGCACUCAGUUGGCUGCCACGCGCUGUCGGCGAUACACGUAGCGCAAUGUUCCGUGCAGUGUCAGUUGGCUGGAAGAAAUACUGGUGGGGAACAGGUGUUUUACCGGACAGAACAAACCGAGUCGAGGAUAUUUACCUGCGAUUUUAUAAUGGAAGUACAUGCGAAGAAUACGUGGACAUGCCACUGGAUCAGGCCCACCGCCUAUUCGAUAUUAAGGGCUUCGAAAAGAACAACCCUACAGUACUGUACAUGCAUGGCUUCAUUGAAACCGCUCAACAAGAGAGUAUACAAGUCAUGGUUAGCGCCUACUUAGAAGCGAGGCCUGAUACAAAUGUCAUUUUGAUUGACUGGUCUAACAUGGCCCACGGAUCUUACCUGGUUAAUGCAGCAAGAAACACAAAAAAGGUGGGCGCUGCAACUGCGGAGCAAAUACAUAAACUCAUUGAUGCGGGUUUACCUUUAGAUAAACUGCAUCUAAUCGGACAUUCCCUCGGAAGCCAUGUAGCUGGCUAUUUAGCAAGAGAACUUAAGAAUAAAUAUAGAAAAACUGUUAAAAGGGUGACAGCUUUAGAUCCAGCCUUCCCAGCGUUCUACCCAGAUGGAGUAGUAAUGGAGCACAUAGUUGACAAAGACGCAGAGUUUGUAGACAUAAUCCACACAGACGCUGGCGGCUACGGCGCGCCAGUGAAGACAGGGAGUGCUGAUUUCUGGCCGAACGGGGGUAAGAGCGUGCAACCGGGAUGUCCGAGAUUCGCGCCAGUACCUCUAUCAGAUGAGAAUUUAUGUAGUCAUUGGCGUUCUUGGAGGUUUUAUGCAGAAUCUGUGCGGAACCCUGAAGCCUUUCCUGCGUCCCCGGCGGACUCCUACCAUAAAUUCAGAGAUAAUCCGUCCCCAGAAAUUGGAAUGGUGUAUAUGGGAGCUAAUUGUGAUCCAAGCGCUCGAGGAUCCUAUUAUCUCACGACGAAUGCCGCUCCUCCUUUCGGAAAGGGAAUGGAUGGUAUUUAUUAUAAGAAAAACAAUAAGAAAACUGCGAAUGGCAAAAACAAUAUGAAAUGAAUUACUGGGAAUACAUUAUUUGUAUAUGCGUAACGGAGAGGUGGUUGUUGUAGUAUAAUUUGUAAAUACUCCUUGUUUCUAAAACUAUAGAUUAUGUAUUAAAAAUUUUCAGUAAGCAUUCAUCUAUAUUUAUUGCAUAAUACUUGUAGAAAAAUAUCAUGUUCUUGAAACUAUGGAGUACGUUUAUACGUAGAUACCAGUAUAGAUAUGAAUUGGAAUAUAUUAACAAUUGUCUUAAUGGUAUAGUUUCUAUAUAAUAGUCUUGUGAUAAUAUUAAAUCAUGGUGGAAGUGUCCAAUAUAAAAUCCUUAUACAAUUAAUUAAAUCUGAUAUCAUUGUUGUGGGGCCAAUGUAUUAGAAUAUUACUUUUGCAUAUCAAAAAUAUACGUACGUGCUUUUCUGAUCUACGUCUGUCUUUAAUAAUAGUAUAUGUACAUACAUUUUUAAAAUGAGAAGUAUACAAAUUAUAUUUCUCUAAGACUUACAACUAAAAAUGUAUGAACGUGUAUAUUUCCUUAGAACAUGAUUAGGCUAGUUCUAAAGGCGGUGAAUUGUUGUGAAAAAAUCAAUGUAGUUAAUAUAAGCAUGUGAAACAACGAUUCUACAAUCAAUAUCAAUCUAAAUUAAUUCCAUUUAUAGAAGUGACUUUUCGUGGGAUGAUUGCCAUCUAAAUGUUAAUCAUUGAAAUGCUCAAGGCAAUUUGGCAGCCUUGAAGCAAUUACAUAUUAUGUUGGUACAUAUUGUGACCAAUUAUCCUCAUACGAAGAUAAAUAUCGACCAAAUUACCAACAGU